AUGGAAUAUAUGAUUCGAGCUCCAAAAUGUUUAAAAUUAUGGACACAUUUCAUUAUUUUUGUGUGGAUUGUCAUAUUUUUUGGUACUCUUGAGAAGAAUAGCCUAGCUAAAUUAUACGAUAAACAUGCACGAAUAUCAGCUGUUAUUGUAACUUUAAUAAGUAGUACAGAUCAAUCAGUUUCUCUCACAAUUAACAUGAUUCAUUCGGUUGUACGCUUUUUUUUGGUUAACGCCACUGUUCAAUAUCCAUUUCUCAUAUUCCACGAUGAAAAUUUUACUUCAAUUAUGCGUCAACAAAUAUUAUCAUGUGUGCUAAGAAGGAACAAACAUAUACAAAUUUCGUUUGCUCUUGUUAAUUUCACCACUUCAAUACAACCAAAUCCUGGUUCACGACUAGAAAAAUCAAUCGGAUAUCGUUUAAUGUGUCGGUUUUGGAUUUAUGAUGUAUUCUAUCAUCCUGCAAUCAUUCAAGGAAAAUAUGAUUAUCUAAUGAGAAUGGAUGCUGAUUCUUACUUUUCCGAUGUAGUUCAUUACGAUAUUUUUCAUUAUGUAAAGAGUCAAAAUAUAGAUUAUGCUUAUCGAGCUAUCUAUUGGGAAUUGACACCGGCAUUGGAUCCGAUUUUACGACGUGCUUUUAACAGAACACAAGAUAAGCUUACUUGUAUCUAUAAUAAUUUCUUUAUUAUGCGUUUGAAAUGGUUUUAUGAAUCGAAUGGACUUCAACAAUUUAUUCAUGAAUUAAUUCAUGAUGAUCUAAUACUUCGAGAAUAUAUUGGUGAUGGAUGUAUCCAUGCCGCUAUAAUUCGUCUGGCGAGUCACACUAAAGUAAAAUAUUUUACUGAUAUACCCUAUGGACAUAAUUUUCAUGUGGUUCCAUCAGGAUACGCAGAUUAUAGUUUUAAUCCCGUAGAACAAUUCAACAUAGAGAUUAGCAAAUCGUACUUUUAUCGGCGUCUUAUUUCGACUAGUAUUAUUGUAUUUUCAUUAUUUUGGUUUUCACGCUUCUGGUUUCGUCCUGUGUUAAUAUCUACUACUCAAAUUGAUACGUUUCUUAAUUCAACAUUAUGUGGCCGUUUAAUUCGUUAUUCCGAUUCAACAUUAACAAAAAGUGAACUUAGGCAAUUAAAUGACGAAGCUUCAUCCUUUUUUUCUUAUCCAACCGAUUGUAGUUUAUUUACACGUCCAAUAAGAUUUUCCACUAAAGAAUUAGCGUAUCCUCUAGCUUUUAGUAUUGUUAUUCAUUCAAAUCUUGAUCAAUUAAAUUUCCUCUUACGCACAAUUUAUCGUCGAUAUAAUUAUUAUUGUAUACAUGUUGAUAUUAAAUCGCCAUUAUCACUUUAUGAAGCGGUAAAACGGCAUUCAGCAUGUACUUCAAAUAUAUUUGUACCUGAAAAACGUAUUAACGUUACAUGGGGUCAUUUUUCUGUUUUGGAAGCUGAACGUUUGUGUCAAAAAGAACUUCUUAAACAAUCUGCAAUAUGGAAAUAUUAUUUAAAUUUAGCUAACUCAGAUAUUCCUUUAAAAACAAAUUUUGAAUUAGUUCAAAUAUUAAAAUUAUACAAUAAUCAAAAUGAUAUUACUUCAUUACCAUAUCUUUCGCAACUACGACACAAAAAAGUUCUAUUAAAUCGAACAUUACCAUCGUCCAUAGCUUUGCCACUUUAUAAAGGUGAAUUUCAUGCUUUAUUGUCUCGUCCAGCUGUUGCGUAUUUACAUAGAAGUUCACGUGUUGCUGAUUUAUAUAAAUUUUUAAAUGGAACAUCUGUACCUGAUGAACAUUUUUAUUCGAUAAUUAAUCGUUGGAAAGAAACACCGGGUUUCUAUCCAUACGAUCAUGACUUAAGUCAGGUAACCUUUAUGACGCGAUAUAAAGUAUGGAAUGAUCGACCGGAACGUCAUUUAUGUCGUGGUGGUUUUGUUCGAGGCAUAUGUGUUUUUAAUUAUCAAGAUCUAUGGCAUUUAGCAACAAGUCCGCAUUUAUUUGCAAAUAAGAUAUUUUUUCAACGAGAUCGUUUAACACCGUAUUGUAUGGCACAAUAUUUAGAUGUGCGCACUAGUAUGAAACAAGAAGAAAACGAUUUUUCAAUAAUUGAUAUUGACUUCUAUAAGCAAUUGGAUAAUGUGCGAUUUGGAAAAGAAUAG